GCCGCCCCCGCCUCCAUCCCCGCCGCACAAUGACCCCGCGUGGUUCCUCUCCCACUCUCCAGCUCCGGCCUCUUUCUCCUGCUGAGAUUGUUUUUGUUUUUAACUUCCCCUCUUCCCAACCCACCCCAUGCUUGAUUUUUUUUUUUUUUUUCCCCCCUUUCCCGCUGCGGUGCCCCCCGAGCCCCGAGUGCCCCCGAGCCCCGUGCCGUGCGCUGGGCUCCUCCGCACCCCCGGGGCUCUGUUUGCUGCCCCUGUUGUCCCGCCGGUGCCGGUUGUUUGUGUCUCCCCGGGGGUCUCUGCCUCUGGAUUCCCCCCCGGCCGGGCCCAGAGGGGGUGAGACCCCCGCUGGAGGCGGGGGGAGGUCGGUGGGAGGCCCCUUCCCCUCCCCCGACCGGACACCGCCUGAUGCUCCCUUCGGUUCCCCCUCUCCAGGAUUCGGCCAGGAGGGUCCCGCGGGCAGCUCCACCAUGUCGGACAGUGAGCCGGGGGACGAGGACGGCGCCACAUCCCCCGACCCCUCGCAGUGCAAGAGGAAGAGAAGGGGCAACCUCCCCAAGGAGUCGGUGAAGAUCCUGCGGGACUGGCUGUACGAGCACCGCUUCAACGCCUACCCCUCGGAGCAGGAGAAGCUCAGCCUCUCGGGGCAGACCAGCCUCUCCGUGCUGCAGAUCUGCAACUGGUUCAUCAACGCGCGGCGGCGGCUGCUCCCCGACAUGCUGCGCAAGGACGGCAAGGACCCCAACCAGUUCACCAUCUCCCGCCGCGGGGGCAAGGCCGGCGACGUGGCCGUGCCGCGGGGCGCCGCCGCCGGCUCCGGGCUGCUCGUGGUGCCGCCCGUGGCGGCCGCGGGCUCCUCCAAGGUGCUGUCGGUGCCGGUGUGCCCGCAGGUACUGUGCCACCCGGCGCUGGCCGUGGUGAGCGCCCACAGCCCCGAGUGGGAGAAGCCCCCCGGGCCCGAGGCCGUGCCCAGGGCGGGCGCGGGGCCCGGCGGCAGCACCCUGACCCUGCUGGCGCGGGCCGAGGCGGGCAGCCCCACGCCCGGACUCUUCAACACGCCGCCCCCGACGCCCCCCGAGCUCUUCGGGGACGACUUCAGCAGCUUCCAGCUGCUGGUGGAGGUGGCCCUGCAGAAGGCGGCCGAGCUGGAGCGGCAGCGGCAGGGGGGGCAGCUGCCCCUGGCGCCGCACACCGAGCCCCCCGGAGCCUCCAAAUAACGCCGGGCCGGGUCCCGCAGUGCCCUUCCCCGGGGGGGCCCGACCCUCCCGGCCUCUGCCUCACCCCCAUCCCAAGAGCGGCCUCCUGCCUCCCGGCGGCUCCGGUCUCUCUCGGCAGCCAAGGCGGCAGAGGAAGGGCCGGCCCGGCCCGCCACCCUCCUGCCGGGAGAUGCCCUGGCUGCCGAGGACGCUGCCCCGGCUGUGCCCGGGACCGUCGUGACCGGAGCUCGGCGCUGGCCGGAGCGGGCACUGGAGCUCCCCUGGAAAACCUGCUGAUCUCUUCCUCUCCUGCGAACAAGGCUCCAGCCAGCGCCGUUUCCUCAGGGAGACAGAGAGAACCUGUUUUUUUAGCGCUGGCGUCUAUUUUAAGGACUGUGGAUGACGAGCUUUGUCUCCCAAAUCUCUGAUCUCUUCUCCCUUUCCCCCCCGCCCCCCCUUUUGUUUUUGGGGGGCCUUUCUGUUUCCCGGUGCUGGCCAGGGGCCCUACCUUGCCCAGGGAAGGGCAAAGGACAGAUGAACUGGAAACAUGGAGUCUGUGGCAUUUUAUCAUGGAAAAAAUAGAACCCUCCUCUUCCUUUUUAGGUUGUUCUGGAUGCUGCCAGUAGAAAUCUCUAUGGUGCUGUUUAGAAAGUUUUUUGUUGAAACAUUUUCCCUUUAAUUGUGAUUUGUUACAUGAUUAUUACAUUUUUUUUCUGUUUUCUUUCUUUCUUUCUUUCUUUCUUUUUUUUUUUUUUUUAAUCUGUAAGCAUUUCCACAACUUCCCCACGUUCCCCUCGAAUUCAUGCUGAAUGUGUGCAUGCUGUGCCCAGAGCAGUGAGCGCGUGGCCAAGCCUGGGCAGAGCUGAGACUGUGAAUUUUGUACCCAACUUCCUUUCUUUUUUUUUUCCUUUUUUUUUUUUUUUCCAUAAAACCUUUGGAAAGAGGCGUGGUGCGGGCACGGCCAUGUGCGUCCUGCAAGUGCAGCCGGGGGUUCCUGGGAAGCAGCGCUGGGAAGGCGCAGGAUGGAGGUGUUGCUCCCGGUCCCGUCCCUCCCCGCCGCUCGCCAGUGCAGUGCUGGGGACCUCUAGUGACAAACUGGUGUGUGCUGGGAGCCGGGCCCGGGCGGGUCGGGGGCUCUGCGGCAGUUUUUGGGCUCCUGGCUGGGCGUCGCUCGCUGUCCCUGGGUGCGGUGCCGCGGUCAGGCACUGCUGUGCCCUGGGGGCAGGUAAUGACCGUGCCCUGCCCGAGGAACACCAAUCCCGUGGGUAAUUAGCCAGAUGAGUUGAUGACCAGAGGGGGUAAAGCUGCAGGACCGGGAGCUCUGCGACGCUGGGGGAGAGCAUUGGAGGCAAUGGGGCUGGAAGGGAAAAGCACUGAUUUGGGGGACUGCUGUGUUCCCACCCCCCAUUUCUUCAGAGGGAAGGUGCAGGGGAGAGGGUGCCGUGGGAAGGCUUCCCAGUAGUGUCACCUUGGCAGGUGCCCUGCGCAGUGCUGGGCCAGCUGGGGUGAGUGCUCCUCAUGUGCCUGUGACCAGCCCCUCUCUCACGCCCACUUCCAUUUCUGUGUCCAGCCUUCUCCCUUUGACACCUUUCCAGGGAAAGUCCUGAAUUUUGGGACUCCCUCUUUCACCUUGUCAGCCCCCCGCAGCUCUGUCCCUUGCCCUAGGGGAGGGAGAGGCUUUUUGGUCUCCUGCUCUGGUCUUGCCCCAGUCAAACCAAAGUGGUUUCCUUCCCCCAGAGCUGUGCCUGCGCCAGGGGCUGGUGCUCCUGCCCUGGGAUGGACCAGAGAGUGGGGAGGGCAGGAGUUAUUGGAAUUAAAUUUAUGGAGAAAUAACAAACUACUGUAAAUAUCUUUUUGUUUGUUUUUUCUAUUGUCAAAUAAAAGUUUUUUUUAGUUUUGUUGGUUUUUUUAAAAUA